AUGUGGAUGUUAAGCGAGUAAUAAUCAAAAAGAGAAUGGAGAGAAUUUAACUAUUAUUACUAAAAACUAAAUUAUGUGUAAUUUUAAGCAUUUAAAAAAUUUACCACACUCCGAAUAAUAAAGACAUUUGUUUCAAGGUUGUUAGAAAGGCAUUACAAAUAUCUAUUUAAAUAUUAGUACUUUUUAAUUAACACAUUUAUUCAAUUAUUCAAAUCUUCUAAGCGCGGAGAAGCUGAAAAACGCAGGUGAUAUCAUCAUCUGUGGAUCGUGAAUCCGUGAACAUAAUGUUAUCUGUUAUCAAUACGAAUACCUUCAAAAAACAAUAACGAACAUUUUUUAUGAAAAAAAAUUAUUUAGAUUAAAUUUAGCACUGCUUAUAAGGUCAACAAACAUAAAAUAUGAUUUGUAAAUAUAAUGUCUCAGGAAGGCGAUUGCUCCCUCUAAUACGAUACUGUUAUCAUCACCUUUUAAGAACGCUCUGCUAAUUUACUACAUGGCAAUUAAAUUUAAAAUUAUUAUUUUUUUUUUUUUUUAACACAAAUAUAUAAAUAUAUAUAAUUAUACUUUUGCAUAAUGUAUAUAUAUGAUACUUCUGGAAGAUAUUAAUUUUUAGUAUUAUGAAAAAAUCUUCAUGUGUUUUGUAUACCUAUCCGUGUGAUUACAUUUUAAAACGAAAUAAAACAAUGGUUUCGUCAAAAUUCGUAUAUAAAAAAAAUUCGCCAUAAAGAUUUGCGGCGUUUUGAUUUAGCAAAAGCCAUUUUAAAUAAUUAAAUGACCACUGUAAGUCUAUAUAGCCUGCCAUGCAUGACGGGCAUACAACUAUCUUAUAUAAGGCGAUCAAUCUGUUGUAAGACACUCAUUAUCUCGAAAAUUAUUAACUUUUUUUCGAAAUUUGUUUUAUAGAACAUUGAAGACGCGACCAGUUCUACAAUUUUACAUUUAUGUUAUUUUUUUUGUCACCCUUAUUUUCGGGGGUAAAACCACUACCUACUUUUGAUUUUCAAAUGUCAACCUAUAUUAAAAACUAUAUAACUAGAUGGAGUAUUGUACAAAAUAAAUUUUACUGUUGUAAUCUUUGAUUUCCGUCAAUCCGAUGAUGAGAUAUUCUACUUUUAUUUUUUAAGUUUAGGUCAGGGGAGAGUAGUGAUGCAUUAUUAAAACGCCACCCGCCGUGUGUCCACACAAAUGUUGCUCCGCUACUGGCACUACUAUCGGAAAAAACGGACAAAUUUACGACUAAUUAAUUUUUUAAAUCCAUAAUAAAGAACUAUUUUAACGUUCAUCAGUAUUUUUAUGAUUUUAAUAAACCACUUUGAGCAUAUCAUUUUUUAAAUUAUUGUAACCAGUAGUUGUUUAAAACUACUGGUUACAUUAUUAUCAUUACCAUAAUUAGAUUCAGAACGCGGCAGCCAGCGAGGGGAUCUAUUGAUUUUACUAAAAUAUGUGUUUUAUAUUAUUAUUUUUUUAUUAUGUGUCUAUAAGCAACUUUUAUAUCAGAAAACUUGUUCCGAUGUAUCAAGUGUAGCGCCUCUUCUGAAAAGAAAUUUUAUGUAGUUGGUUUUGGUAGGAAGUCACUUUUUGACCUUCAGGGGUUUUCACAAUGAUUGGGAAUAACCAGAAAAAACUUAAAAUUAAAACUGACACAUUUACGGCGUUACGAUUCCAUUGUUUUAAAUAUUUACGCUUUUGGUUUUUUACCAGAAAUAUUACUACAAUAGAAUUUUAAUAAUACACAAUUUACAACAAUUAAUUAGUAUACAACGAUGUUAUUAAUAGUCAUGGGAAUUGGGCUGCUCUUUUAUAUUUUUAAACUAGAACAUUUUAAGACAUAAUAUAAUACAUUUGUAUUUAAUUAAAUAUAAUAUUAUAACGCAUGUUAUACAUUUAUAACAUAAAGCUUCAUCUCCGGUCUUUCAUGGUAGAGAAUCUUUCAAUGAUAUCCACUGAUAUACUUAUUUCCUGGUACAAUAUAAACAGUGCGAACUCACGUGAGCGAUCUUGGCACAUUUGUUUUGUAAUUAGAAAUCAAUGAUAGCAGACAACGGUCGAACCGCCAAAAUGUAAUGAUAUCACUAGAAACCUUGACCCGGUUCGAACAUAACACAAAUAUUUGAAUAUCUAUGGCUUUGACCAUGUUAUCAAAUUAUUAACUAUACUUCCUGGAAAAAAAAAUAUCAUAAUAAUUCUAAAAACAAUAAUAACAAUGCACACAUAUAAUUAUACGGCCCAUGGGAGGGAGGGGAAAGAAUGCCCCCUUGUCCACCACACCUACAGGUACACUACUACAUUUUAAUUUUACGUGGUGUACCUUUAUUUGGUAGAUAAAAUUGUUAGACCGAACAGAAAUGCUCAAAAAUUUAACAUGAGGUUCAUUAUAAAUCGUACUUAUAGUGAUCGAAAAAAAAAAAAUUUUAAAAAUUAAUGUAAUAUAGUAUUUUUUUUUUAUAAAAUUUUUUUAAUAUCAAAUUUUGACCAAUCGUAAAUAUUAAGGCUUUUCAAAUCAUGUAUAACCGAACUUCGCUCCUAAUCGUUUUUCGUUAGGAAUGGUUUAUCAUAUUGCUUAUACAGAUAUAAACUAAAUAACUAUGUAUUCUACCUUCCCAAUGUCCCAUUUACAAAGUUUUGUGUUUAUCAUUUAAAAUUAUAACUUCAAAAAUUUUAAAUAUGUCUCUCCUCGAUAAACACAGAGGUAUGUCGCAUCGGUUAACGAAGUUGUAGGUGCAUUGAAAUUGGAAAAACGGCGGUUGGAUUUGUCACUGUGAAUAUUGCAUAUGAGAUUAUAUUAGCUGCAUUCAAAUUGCGUGUCAAAAAAAAAAAGAGUGAUGUUGGUCGAUAAUACGUGCGCGGUUUUUUUAACUGAGUCGAGUUGCGUGCGAUUAGUUAUGAUUAUAAUCUAUAGAUAAGUAAACUGUAUACAGUUCAAAGAUUUAUAACUUUUGAUGAUCAGUCAUCAGUUAAUUUCGAUUUCGAACACCUACGACAAAAAAAAAAAAAAACAAAUGUAAGUAUAUCAUGUACAGUGAAAAUUGAGGUGUGAUAUUAAUGGUAAAAUGUACAAUUUUAUGUAGGCAUAUAACAUUAUACAAAAAAUAUUUCUUAUUGUAACUUGUGUACAAUCAUUCUACCAAUUAUUUGAAAUGAAAAAAAAAAAAAUUAUAUUUUCAGCAUAUUUCACAAUGUUUAAGGAAUAUUAAGAGAAUAUUUUAAAGGUUUUUUUUUUUAAAGCAUCAUAUUUUUAAACUUUUAAGAACUUAAGAAUCCGCUAUCCCAAUAACAAUACCAUGAUAGUUAUAGCUUCGGGCGAAACGUUUCCCGUAACCCCCCACCCCCUACCCCCUCACCUGUCAAGCGCGUAUUACGUAUGUAUUAUAUUGUUAUUGUGCGUAGGUUGUGCUCGCGUAACAUAACGCCAUAAACGGGAGUCGAGUCUCACGCGAAAAAAAAAAUACGUCUCGGGUACGACGGACCUUGACGCUCUCACACGCGACACUAUACAAAUAAUAAUAAUAAAUACGUUAUCCAGUUUUCUGUAGCGCUCGGUAAUCGCGCGGCGCGUUCGGUCUCACGGCUGCCAAACGGUCGCACACAGUUCUUCGUCGCAGUCCGUUCUUUCUGCACGCGUCCGGACUCCCGAAGAGCGCACCUGCAGUGCAGCCGACCGCCGUCGCCGUAGCUCCUCGAUACGCUUGUACGAAUUUUUCGCCCGGAGGUAAGCACGCACGAUUUUUACACCGUCCACCGCCCGUAUCGAACUUACGUACGCCGUAAAUAUUCGUGUAUGCAAUUUUUUUUUUUUUUUUCUAUCAUCGUUAUAUAAUGCCGGCUUGUAUCGGCCCGGGUGAGUGGCAGGAUUAUUUUUUCGGUCUUCUGUUUUUUUUUUUUCAAACCGAAAAUUCUCCAUUUCGCCGGUAUUGGCUAUUCGUUUCGAUUCCGGGCGGCGACGUAUAGAAAACGAGUACCUGUAUUUUAUUCGCUUAUAUUAUACGAUAUGCAUCGUGUGUACCAUAUAUAUAUAUUGCUUGGCUUUAUAGGUAUACAUAAUAUUGUGUAUUAUACAGGUAUUUACCUACAUUCUAAAAAAAAAGCCUAAUUAUAGUUUAUCAAUUAGGCGUUUGAAUAGACAAUACUCAAUUAUAAUUAAUAACUUCUAAUACCUGCAGUAUAUGCUUUGCUAAACGCCAAUGUAUAUAACAUUAUGUUUGAUUUUUUGAAGAUAUCUCCUUAAAAAAAAAAAAAAAUAAUAAUAAUAAUUAAAACAACAAUUUCGUUUUAUUAGAUAAUUAUGUGAAUAGUUGAUAUGAUUCGUAUCUAUAGGGAUAACCUUUAUCGGUAUAAUUAUCUUGAAUGCGUAAUUAGAUUGUAAUUGUAUUAAAGUUUUAUAGUUACGUAUAAUUGAAAUGAAAAAAAAAAUAAUAUAAAACCGAACAAUUAGAAAAAAAAGAACUCAAACACACAGAAGGUUAAAUGAAACGAGUUUUAAGAAUUCAAAAAAACUAAUAAAAAAUAAAUACUCGAAGUCGUACGACAACUAUGAAUUACCGCAGUUUAUGUAACCUUCUGUUCGAUUGUGAUAUCGUUGCGACCAUAAUGUGAUUUCUCGGGGAUUGAUAUUUCCACCACGCGGUACCUAUACUAAUGUAAUAUUUAAUGUUUGCAUUGAUUACGCAGACGCAAUCGCACUACAUAGAACACGACGAAAACGUGUAAAGAGACGCGGUAAACAGACUCGCUGCGUGUAUAAUAUUUAAUGAUAUCGUUUUUACAACCUCGUCCAAGGUUUCCUGCAACCUCGUUUCCACGGGCGGACCAAAGGUCUCGAAAAAUCACUCUAUUCUAUAUCGCGUGUUGUAUAUCGACAUUUUCAUAACCGCCAUCUCGCACGCCGAAACCGGCGCGCUAUGAUUUUUUUCUCAUCAAAAAUAUAGGCGUACGAAAUAAGUCGAUUUCGAUCCGUUGUCGCGCUUUUUUAUGUUUACAUGGUGUCGUAUUUUUAAGACAGACGCUCCAUUGCCGCGGUAACGAUUCGCGGUUGUCGUACCUUGGGCGCUCAUCAUUCGUCGUCGCCCCGGUCGGCAUUUCGCGCCGUUCGAUUACGUUUGUUGCGCGUGUGUUGAAUAAAAUAAAAAAAACCUACACAGCAAAAUAACGGUGAUUCUGAAAAAUAUGAUCUGGCCUUCCCCAAUCAAGUUUCCGGAGCCGUCCUCGGGUGAUCGUGAUAAAUAAUUGUUGAUAAAUAUAAGAAGGCUGUGAUUGUGUUAUCUAUUGAAAACGAUAUUUUUUCCAACGAUCAACUAAAACGGGGGGGGGGAAAUAUAUUAAACUUUAAGUAAUUAUAAGUUGUCGUUUUAAUAAUUCAAUCAGUAAUUAUUAUUAAGGAAGUCGAUCGAUUCGAAUAAUUUAUGUGACCCGUUAACAACGAUCGUUAUUUAUAUAUGACCGAUUGUGUAUUUCAUUGUGUAAUAUUUUUCUGGUAUAUAUAACUCUUCCUGUUUUUCCUUUCUAUAUUAAAAAUUAAAAAUGUAAAUAAUUAUGAGGGAAAAAAUUGUGUAAAUGGAAUAUAUUUUCAUCAUGAAGAAUAAUUAUUGUCAUAAUGCAUGCAGUCCGAUGCAGGUGCCAAACAAUAAUAUUGUUACACAUUAUACGACGUGUUGUGUUCGUACUAUUAUCACUAAUAAAUAAUAUGAUAUUAUAUAAUUCUCUAAAAGAAACCGAUAGCCCGAAUAUAUAAUACUGCAACAGUAUCACCGCGGCUAUUUAUGCGAUACACGUACAAAUCCAAUAUAUUUGUCCUAAAAUGUCUCCGAUAAAAUUCGGACUUCUGUACGACUGUUAUAUAAUUUUUACGAUAUUGUCAUUGAUAAAGUAAAAAAAAAUAAUAAACCGGGUUUUUGUAUUGUUAUUUUUCUUUUCAAGAUAAUAACAAUUAUUUUGAUCAUAGGCGUGCGUAGAGUUUCCGAUCAAGUGCAGCACAUAUUUCUAUUUCGUUGAUAAUUGUCUGUUGAUAACUUUUAAUUUAAGGAACAUUUUCAGCAAAUUUCUAGCCAAUAGGCACAUUGUAUACUUGCCAACGCCAAAAAUAAAUAGCUAUUUAUUUUAUUCAAAACAAGUUUUUUUUUUUUUACAGAAAAUGCAAUUAAAUAAUUUUUAACAAUUACAUUUUAACUUUUAAAUACUCGUUAGUCAAUACGCCUAUUUUAUAAGCUUAUAAUACUAGUCUAUUCUAUAUUUCAUUAUUCGUCAAUUACUUCUUCAAUCUGAUUGUUCGUUAAAUUUUCUUGUUCAACAAACAAUCAUAAACAGAAUUUCAGUUUUUCUUACAACAUAGCACUUCGAAGUUUUGAUUUUACAAUAGGUAAUUUAGAAAAUAUCCUCUCACAGCUACAGCUUGUGACAGGUAUGGUAGCAAUAUCUAUUAAAAUCUUUUUGAAAUUUGGAAAUACAUUUUGUCUUUGAUUUUCUUUGAAAAAGUCUGCUUUUUGUAAACUGUUUUUGUUGAUGAUCCAUUUGGAACAUUUGGAUUGCUUUUUAAAAUCCUUAUAUUAGCAACAAAUCCUUCAUGUGAGAUUAAAAAUAUCUUUUGUAGUACUUCAUAGAGAUUAGUUUGAUGUAUUUCUAAAUUUAACAUUUUGCCUACAGUAUUUAUCAUAUUAAGACUUUCCUGAGUGAACCUUGAAUGUAAUCCAUUUAUCAAUUACUCGAAUUUCUGGUACAGUACAGUCAUCACAGAUGUUAUGUAGAGCUGACAAUAUAAUAUUAUAAUUUUUUUUAAUAGAAGAAACACCUAUAGCCCUGCAAGCCCAAUGAGUAGUUGAAAGUGAUUUUAAAGUUAAAAACCGUUGGUUAGAUUCUUUUGCUAUGUUUUCCAACGCAUGCCUAAUGGGACUGUUUAACUAAAAAGUAUAAACAAGUUAAACUAUUCCAAGAGAGUGAAAAAAAAAUAGCUAUUUUUUAAGCCUGAUUUAGUAUUGGAUUUUUAUCAAAUGCUAUCAAUCAAUGCUAAAUUUAAACAAUGGUUAUAAAAUAUAUUAUUAUUUUCUUGUUUACAUCUUGCUUGCACUCCAGAUAUACUACCAAACAUUGUACUAGCUCCAUCGAAACAAACAGUUAAAAGUGUAGACCAGUCUUUAGAAAAUUGUUGUAACACAGAAGUUAGCAUAUUAAAAAUGUAUUUCGCGUUAACUGAUGUUUUUCGUUUUAAUCCAAUUAAAGUUUCAAUCGUGGGUUUUUAAAUUAUUAUUUUUUAUUUUUUUGUUUUUCACUCAUUAAAUAAUAAAUUAAAAAUAAUUAAAUAUAACUUUGGACAAAAAGAAAAAAUAUGCAUACUAAAAAUCAAUUAUUAUUGUCCAUCAUUCAUUAAUAUUUAAUUAUCUUAGUAGCUGAUAACUUAUCUUGCAUAAAAGUUGUAUAUGAAGUACAAAUAUAUAGUAUUAUCUAUAGUUCAAAUGGUUUGAUGUCGUAUUCAAUUCUAAAAGUACCGAACACCGGAACACGGUCUUAGAUUAUUACAUAACACAAAACUGUUUAUCCAUUAUUAUUUAUUUAUACCACCGUAAUUUUUUAUCACGGUUUUAAUUUUAAACAUAAAGUAUACUUGUAUCACGAACAAACAGAAAAACGGAAAAAAAAUUGGCGUCACAGAAAGAGCACAUGCAGCCUAGGCUGCAUGUGCUGCACCCGUGCGCACGCUUAUGAUUUAGAUCGACAUUUUCAAAUUGAAUAGUUUAAUUAAUAUUAAUAAGUGAUAUGUAAAUUACCUAUACUAUAUAAUAUAAUUUCUAUUGGGCGAAAUAAUUGAUUUUUUAGUUGAUACCUGUAUGUAUUACGGAAUCAAUGGUGAAAUCAAUCUCAUCGCCAAUAGGAAUGUCGAUAUUUUGAAAUCCAUUCGGCUCAUGCGUUUAUAACAGAAUAAUAGACAAUGAUAUGGAUUGUAGUUAUUUAUUUCAUGAAAUGGUUACAUUAUAAUAUUGUAUAUUUUGUGAAAAUUAAUAAAUUGUUUAUUGAUAACAUGGUACAGGAUGAUCACAACGCAUCAUCUCGAAAAGCAUUGAAAUCUUUUGGAAUUUGACGGGGCGUUAAAUUGUUCAUUUUUAUUGAAUAAUUAAAAACAAAAUUUUUAUAGAACAAUCAUUUCAAAAACCGAAACUAAUAAAUGAAAUUAAAUUUAACAUGCCCCCUCCCCCCCAAAUUAUUUCAAUCGUGUCGCUAAAGUAACCCAGAAAUCAUCAAAAAUAAAUUAAAUUUUCAUAUCAUAAUAGGUAGGUGCAAAAAAUCUUGUGUGAACCACACUUUAAUGGUUGAAUUUCAUAAACAUCGAUUAUCGUACAAAAUAUUUGUGUACUUACAAGUAUGGUAUUGUUUAUUGAUUGCUAGAAUUAUUUUUUAUUUUCAAUUUAAACAUGUACCGAACCGUAUCAAUUGGGAAGUUGGGAUAGUAGGAUAUAUAAAGUUAUUUAAUUUAUAUAUUUACGCAAAGAAAAACCGUUGAUAACAAAAAAUGAUUCGGAGCAAAGUUCGUUAGUACCUAAGACAUAUUUUUAAAUGCCGUAAUUUUUAAGAUUUUCUUCAAAAUGUGAUUUUAAAACGCUUGUAAAAAAACACACACACAUCAUAGUAAAAACAAUAAAUCCCUUCGAAUUUAAAAAAAGAUACAUUUUAAAUUAAUGUAUAUUUGUAUGUAAUUUAUAAAUCUAUCUGUCCUAUAACUAUCAUUGAAACAAAGUAACACUACGUAUUAGUAAUUAGUUUAUUUACUAUUCUAUAGCCUUUUCAUACUAUAGUGUUUCGAAUAGGUUUUGUUUUUAACAAGGAAAUGUACAUACACAGACACCUGAAGAUUGAGAUACAUUCAGAGUGUUUUGAUAGGUAUAUUAGAAUACAAGCAUCGAUUUCUUUUUUGUUUUUUUUUUUUACUUCAAGUAAAGAAAUUUAAGAGAUUUAAAAAAUAGGUAAUAAUAUAAAUAAUAUCCACCAAAAAAAAUUUCUUGAGGGGGGGGAGGUGGGUGGCAUAUAUUUCCCUAAUUUCUCUUCCCACUCAAACAUACCACUGCCGUCAAAAAUAUAUACCCACUAAUCAACAGUUUGUUUUCGUUAUUUACAGUAUCAACUUACAUUGCAGACGUGUGGCCACGGCAGUCUCACAAAAUGGCUCUCGACUUGCACCGAAAAUAUAUUGAAAAGAAACAAGACAGCGCGCCGUUGGUGCCCAUCAAAGACAUCGUGAAUUCCAAGUACUACUUGGAUCCGCUGGAGCUUCUGGGAGAGCGGAGCUUCAACGAGCCUCGCGAAGUGGACGAGUCCGAGAUCGGCACGCCGAUACAGGAAUUUUUCAGGGAUGCGGUGAUAUUGUUGACCGGCGGCACGGGUUUCAUGGGAAAGGUGCUGUUGGAAAAAUUACUGAGAUCGUGUCCUCACAUCAAGCACAUAUAUCUGUUGAUCCGGUCGAAAAAAGGCAAAAACGUCGACCAACGGUUGGAGGAUAUCUUCGAAGACAGGGUAAAUAUAAUAAUGUAUAGAAACGAUCGAUUACAUUACGAUAACAAUUGCCGAUAUUGUUAUCCUUUUCAGACAUGUAUACGCUAUAUAGUGAUGGACAUAUUCGAAUAGCUUAUAUAGUAUCAACAGAUUUCGGUAGUCUGGACGAAUGAUCGGAUAUUUGAAUAUGUUUACCCGCGUCUGUAAAGUUUUAUUCGAGAAAACCAUCUAUGUUCCAUAAAUUAAUCUAUGGAAUAGAUCGAAUGCGAUCAACUAUAUAUUUGACUGUGUUCAUCACAAAUGUAUAAACCAUAAGAAAAACGUUUGGAAUAUCGUUCGAAACAUCGAUAGAGUUACAAAAAACGUACGUUUCGUCGUACAGGCACGUUUCAUAAAAUCCGUCGUGAAUUAACACUUUCACAUGCUGCACGUGUAUUAUUAUUAUAAUCACACUUGUUUACGCUGACUAAUUGCUGACAAAAUCAAUUAUUAUUAUGAUUCCUUUUUUCAAAUGUAACCUACCUACAACGAGUUUUUUAAACAUUUCAAAUCGCCGAGAUAAAAAUGAUUUCAUUGCAUGACCUAUCUAUUCGAUGUUUACACUAUACUUAUAGUCAAAAAUUAACAAACGAUUAUAAUCUGCAGUACCUAUACAUCGGUACCAUGUUUAAUUUUUGUGGAGAUUAACAAAAUUUCAUCACUUUACGUGCGUACAUGCAUUCUAUUAAGUUGUCCGAUCGAGUUCAUUCGGUUGCACAAUUAUAUUCCGCGUGUAAGAGUGGCCUUGAAUUUUCGUUCGGUAUUCGGUGUAAGUGUUUUCAAUCGAACAACAUAAUAAAAUACUUUCUACUCUGUACGAAUAAUAUCGUUAUAUAGGUCAGUGGACUUUUAAAGAAUAUUUUACGCAAACUUACGUAUUCGUCGCGUCUAUAGUAUUAAACAACGACCGCAAUGUAUUCCAAAAUACGAUUAAAAAUAUUAUUGCGCACAUCACCCAGCGUUCGGACGGCGAAAUUCGACAGGCAUUACGAUGUAAUAAUAAUAAUAAUAAUAAUAAUAAUAAUAGAAUAAUAUAGUAUAGGUACCCGUUACGAGCGUCGAAUACGAAAUAACGUAAAAAUUUUAAUGGAAAAUGUUGUCAGACAUAAACGUUUUCGACGGCGAACAUAAUAUAAUAAUGUACACGCUGUCGAGUGUCGGUAUUUCGUUUAGUAUAUUGUGGUGACAGUACUGAACAAUACGAUAUCGUCGUAACAUUAUUAUGGCGUAUGAGAAAUAUUCCGUUUGCAGCUCCGGGGCGUAUUUUACGCGAAAAAUGAAUUUUAACGCCCGUACAUUACGUGUAUUUUAACGGUCGGGCCGUUUUAUCGCACGUCAUAAAUGAGAGUUGAUGUUUUAUAAUGCCGGCGAUCGUUAACGAGGCGAACCGACAUUAAAUCCAUCAUCGAAACCUGUUUGGACAUCUCGUAUAUCGUCAUCGUCAGGAAGCUUAAAGUGGACGUUAAACAAUUCACGCCGCUCGGGAGGGACGUCCUCGUGGGGGGGAGCAGGAAGGGAGGGGGACACGUUUGCCUCUCCCGUCAUGACCUUUUUUUUUAUAUAUAUCAUAAUAUUGACGAUGUAUUUCACAUCGGGAAAAUUAAAUUUAUUACAAUGAUAAUAAAUGAAGAGACGAUACAGGGGAUGGUUGCGGUCAUUGUCGUAGGUAAUUUUUGUUUAGCCUAAAAAUUAUAUUCACCGUGCACGGUACCAAAUAAAAACUACAUAGAAAAACUCGUGAAAUGUAAAUGUCUAAAAAUAGCUCAAAUGUUUCGACGAUUUUAUCAUGUCAGGAAAUGCAAAUAUAAAUUUUCUAUCAAAAAUUCAACUAUUUAAAUUUCCCCGUUCUUUCUACAUAUUUUACGGUUUUACUCAGUUAUCAAAAGAACUACAAAGAAAACCAAAGAACAAAUUUCUCAGGCACAAAUUAAAUUAAAAAUUCAACAAUAAAGAUUAGUUAUAAACUUUUAUUCAAAAUAUCUAUCCAAUUUUAACAACAGAUAGGUUUCCUGAUUACUUAAGUAGGUAUUAUGAAUCAGUGGCAUAUCUAGAGGGCGUUAGAGGGUUUUCGAACCCCCCCCCCCCCGAAAUAUCUUCGAAAUAAAAAAAAAAUACUUACAUUUUAAUUAUUACAUUUUUAAUGUAAUUAAUUUUAAUUUUUUUACAUAAUUACAUUUUGGACAGAUUCUGACACUUCUAGUUCUGCAAGCCAUCUUCUUACUGAGAUAAAACAGUUAAAAAUUCAAACAGCUUUAUCUACUUUAGUGAAAGUACUUUUCAUAAGUUUUCCACUUAGCCGAUAUCUUCAAACAGUAAAUCUUGAUUUAAAAACUGCAUUAGAAGCUGCUAAUGUUCAAAAUAAUAUUCAGGAUAUUAAAGAAAAUUGUGAUGUGGAGUUUCAACAAUUAUUUUUUCCGUAAUAACUGUCUGUGAAAAAUUUGAUAUUACUAUUACUUUGCCGUGUCAAUCUAAAUCAGAUAAUCCAGAAUAUUUGUUUAAGUAUUCAUACCUUUUAUAGAUAGUUGUUUAGAUCAAUUUAACGAAAGAUUUAUAUCACACAUGAUUGUUUUGAAUAAUUUUGAUUGUAUUUUAAGUAAGAUAGAAAUUAAAAUAUCUGAAGAUAUCAAAUGUAAAUUAAAAUAAUUAGUAGAAAAAUAUCAAGGUAUAAUUGAUGAGUGUAACGAUUCAAAUUGAAAUGAUCAUAUAUUAAACGGAGAAUUAGAUUUGUGGUACACAAAUAUUCAAAUCUAAUAUCUUCCGAACUCAAGAACAAAAAUGCUAUUGAAGUAUACUUCUAAACUAGUCAGUAAUAUCUAAAUUUCUUCAAAUAUUUAUAACACUUCCAAUGUCUACUGCUGGAGAACUAUCGUUUUUAAUACUCAGUCGUUUGAAAACAUAUUUGAGAAAUUCUUCGGGACAAAUAAGUUUAAAAUGGUUUAGCCUUACUAAAAUAAAUUCAUCGAGAUAUCAACGUGGAUAUCAAUGAUGUUAUAGAUGAACUUGCUAGAACAUCAAAACGAAAAAUUAAUAUACAUUUAUAAUUUUUAAAUAUUUAAUAUUUAAAUAUUUCAACUUUUAAAUAAUUAGCACUUUAAAAUAGUAAUAAAAUGUUUAAUAUAUGAUUAUAAUGUACACAAAAUUCGAAACAAUUUAAUUUGUUGCAUUUUUUCAACCCCCCCCCCCCAAAAAAAAAAAAAAAAAAAAAAUUCUCUAUAGGCCGCUGAUAAUAACAAUAAUAAUAAAUAAUAAUAAUUUAAAAAUUAGUGGUAGUUGGUUACUUGUGUGUAUGGAUAAUAGAAACAUUUUUUAUCUCCCUCCUCCAAGUAAAAAUCCUGGGUGUGCGCUUGAUUGUAUCUAUUCUGUAUUCUGUAUUCUGUAUUAUGUUUUAUAGCUGUUCAAACGGUUGAAGUACGAAGUGCCCAAGUACUAUCACAAAGUCUCUGGGAUAGCCGGUGACUGUAGUUUGCCGGGCCUCGGGUUGAGCCUCAGCAGCCGGAAUAAAUUGAUCAACGAGGUGAACAUUAUUUUUCACGGAGCCGCCACCGUGCGGUUCGACGAACACAUCCGCGUGGCCAUGAGCAUAAACGUUUCCGGAACCCGAGAGAUGAUAAACUUGGCGAGAAAAAUAACCAACUUAAAGGUAACGAAAUCAAUAUCGCCGCUUACGUGGUUCGACGAUGAAAUUAAACGGUUUUAGGUUUUACAUUUAUUUAUUUUUUUUUUAUGAAAUCGUUUAAAUUUAAAAAAAGUAUAUAAUCGGUAGCUACCUGCAGAUACGUACUAAUGGGUUUUUAUUAAUUUGUAUUAAAUAUUUUCCAAAACCGUGUCUUACAUAACUCGCGGCUUUAUUGUGCCGUAAUAGUUGGCUAAUGGCUAAUAGUUUUUCAAUAUUAUCUCGCAAACGGCAAAUUAAGUUUUAUAACUUAUACGUAGUCAGCUAGUCAUACAAGUAAAUAUUAAAUGGGACGAACCCACUUAUUCAUUACUACGACCGAAAUGCGUAAAAAGCACGUUUUUAUUAUAUAAGACAAUCUCUCGUACUGACGACAAUUUUUCGCUUAAUGAAAAAUAAAAAUAAAAUGUAUGUCAUAAUUAUAUUGUUGUUAAAAAUAUACUAUAAGCAGUUAAUUGAGAUUUUUUUAAAGUUUCGUAAUUGAUUAGGUCAUGACACACGUUUCCACCGCUUACUCGAACUGUAACCGUUUGGUGGUCGACGAACAAUUUUACGACCCCGCUGCCGACUAUGAAGACGUUUUAAAAUUGAUAGCUUCCACCGACGAUCAAACGCUCGAAACAAUGACUAGCAAGUAAGAUAAUAGUAAUAAUAAUAAUAAUAAUAAUAAUAAUAUACACAAGGUGAUUCUUUUAUCAUUGAAAGAAUGUAAAUAAAAAAAAAAACUAAAAAUAUUUGUUGACGAUUUAAGGAACAAGCGACCUUAAAAUGUUACAUGACCAUUAUUUUUUGUCAUUCUUAUUCGGGAGUGAAAAAUUAAUCUAAUUUUGAUUUUUAAAUGAUAAUCUAAAUAAAAAAUUUCAUUAAUAGACAGAGUAUUAGUUUAGAUAAAUGUCAAAGUUGAUAUUUUUGAUUACCGACGACCCGUUGACGAGGUAUUCCACUUUUAAGUUUAAAUCGGAGUGUGCAGCAAGACUCGAGCUGUAUUUAUGGAAUUUUUAGUAUACUCAUAGGUUAAGGUUAACAUUUGAAAAUAAUUAGUAGGUAGUCGGUUCACUGUCAAAAAUAAUAGUAAUGUAACACUUUAGAAUUGCUUGUUUUUAAAUUGUCAACAUUUUUUUUUUUUUUAAGUUGUGAUACUUUGCGAAAUAAUUAGUUUUUUACGUUAAACGAAUCACUGUGUAUAUAUAUAUAUAUAUAUAAUAAUUGCUCUAAUAGUUUGAAUGAAUGAUGUAACAAUAAUAAUUUUAAAGAAUCAUCGGAAAUUUACCAAAUACUUAUGCGUUCACAAAAUCGUUAGCAGAAGACUUAAUCCGAAGAGAAGCUCAGGAUCUUCCAAUACUGGUGUUCCGCCCCACUGUCGGUAAGUUUAUUCAAUAAGUUUAUUAUUAUAGUGUAGGUAUAAUCAUAAUUAUUAUAUUUAUUAUGUGUCAGACGGGUAGUUAAAUUGUAAAAUGUUUACUUGUCUGGCUGUCUAUUUUCCGUAUCUAUUAGAACCGUUAAAGAAAUACUCGAGUUAAGAUUUAUUGAGUUAUAAACCUUUGACUUUUAUUAUUUGAUUGAUAUUUUGUUAACGUUUAAUAAUGUAUACUUGUACUAACUCGUAUUCGUUUUUUUUCUUUAGUGAUCGCUACUUACCGAGAACCGGUAAGGGGUUGGAUAGAUAACGUGUACGGCCCCACAGGGCUCAUUGUUGGAGCUGGUACCGGAGUCCUUCACACUUAUUUUGGCAAUCCCAAUAUAAUCACCGAUAUGAUACCAGUCGACAUGGUUGUGAACGCUUUAAUAUGUGCUACCAAAGAAACGGCGACAAAAGAGUAAAUUGUUAUUUGAAAUAAACAUAAUAUUAGCUCAAGUAAUCGGAACGUCAAAUAACCAAUUAUUUAAGGAGUACAGACAAUUUUACUGAAUUCAAAAUAUUAGAAUUCAUUUACGUGCAGAUAAAUUUAAAAAUAUUCCUGGGUCUCUGUCACAAGUAUUUUUUAAACAAACGCCAGUAAUAUUGAUUUUAAGUUUUCUUGAACAAGCAUCUCAACAGCUCAUUUUUUAAGUAAUUAGUUUUAAAUUGCAGAAGAACAUAAAAGAAAUAAAUGUAAUUUUCUUCUUUCACUCUAGAGUUCAUUAAGGACCUGCUACAAAAUUCCUUCAUAAUUUUUUAUCUCGAAUGUACUCUUCCUAGUUUGGUAUACCUAGUUGUUACAUAUUCUCUUUCACUUCAUAAAUAUCUUAGGUCUGCCUUUCGGUCUUUCCCUCUAGAAUUUAAGUUGUUUUCUUUAAUAUGUCUGAGUUUGCUCUUCGCAUUGUACGACCAUGAUAUUUAAUUCUUUGUCUUUUAACGUAGUUUGUAAUUAAUAACUCCCCCCAUUUCAAAUACAUUUCACUUAAAUUAUGUAUGUUUGUUUACAGGAAAGAAAACGAUAUACCAAUUUACACGUGUUCAAGUGCAGGACAAAAACCAAUUAAGUGGAUUGAAUUCAUCGAUAUGAACAAACGCCACGGUAUUUACUGGCCGACUAUUCGGGCGAUCUGGUAUUACUCGUUUUAUGCCACCGACAAUCCAAUAUUAUACGCGAUAUUGAAUAUGUUUUGCCACACAAUACCCGGGUUUUUACUGGACAUUUUAGCCGUUAUCGCCGGACAAAAACCAAUGUCAGUAUAUAUAAUAAUAUAAUAUAAUUCAAAUAAAACGCAUACCUACCUAUUCUAAAAAUAUCAUUAAAGUUAUCUACUUUAAAACUUUUUGGUAUGCCGUGUGAUUUCAUAUUUCACGUAUAGUGUGGUUUCAUAGCCCACAGACACUUUAAAAAUAUUACCUACUUAAUCCGAACAAAUGUUUUAAUAUGUUAAAAUUAGGCUGCAGAAAAUCUACAAAAAGAUCGAUAAAGUAAGGGAUAUAUUAGCUUAUUUCUCGGAUAAAGAAUGGACGUUCAUUAACAAGAGGCUAUUGGGAAUGUGGGAUACUCUCGACAAGCAAGACCAAGAACUGUUUAACUAUGAUAUACACCAAUUGUCUUGGGAAUACUUUAGUCAAGCACAUUGUUUGGGCUUAAGAGUUUACCUAGUAAAAGACGAUAUCCACACGUUGCCGGCAGCCAGGAAAAAAUGGGAAAAGUAUGUUAUUAGAUUAUUUAUUCAGAUAUCUGUUUAUAUAAUUGUCCCGCGAGCAUUAAACAAUACUGUACGGAGGGAUAUAUAUAUUUUUCCACUUACUCGGAUAAAAAUACUAAUUUCCUUAAAUCAAAUACUUUUUACAAUAACAUUGUGAUUAUUCUAACUAUAAUUUUCAAUAACUUUAUAUAUUGAAAAAAAAAUAUAGAAAUUAAUAAACAUAAUAAUGAAUUUUGACUGACCGCUGAUGUGGUAUGUUGUCGAUGUUCCGAGUGCAAGAAGGGUCAAUGGUUCUGAAAAGAUACUGACACCAUGUCGACUAAUUUAAUAAAAAAACAUUAACAUUUUGCACAGUACAUAAUAAUUUUUAUUGUAUAUCUAGUGGAAACAAAUAGGAUUGCUAAAAUUCAAUCACCCAGAAAUAAUUCGUCGUAAAUCUCAUCGAAACGUCCACUUUUUAUUUUUCCUCUGUAUCUCAUCCCACGCAAGAUAUGUCAAAUACUCUUAUCUAAUGGCCACAACAUCCUCCAAUGUUCCUUCAUUUUUUUAUAUCACUGAACUAAUACGUAAAAUACUUCUAGCUUUAUAAUUGUUACUGGCUUGACUGUCUUACUACAUGGCAACCUCUAUUUCUUCUUGCGUUAUUAUCAAAUUUAAACUCUCUAACUAUGUUUUAUUAUCACAAAAUAAAAAUAAAUUUAAAUGUUUAUAUUUAAAUUGUUUUCAGAUUAUACAUAGCGCACAAUGCUCUGUUGCUGUUUGUGUACGCCUUCUUGUUGUGUUGUGCGUGGGCCAUUGUUUUUAUGUUUUUAAAACUUUUUGGAUUCGUGUGA